AUGAGCAGGGUCAGAAGUCAACCCCAGACACGAUCUACCCCCAUACAUCCCACCCAGCCUUGUCUAACCCAGCCCACCAGCCAGCUACGCAACGGAGCCAAGCCCCAGACACACACCCCGCACACACACACCCCGCACUGCACACACACCGCCAACACACAUGCCUCUCACCCCAAUGGAGUGAGGAACGGAGGGCUCCAUGAUCGGCCGGCCCCCAACUCUCUACCCAGGGCGGCCUCUUCCUCCUCCUCGUGUUCCUCAUCGGAGAUGAAGAACCCUAAGAAGCUCCAGUCCAACCCCUCCAUCACCUCUCAGAGCAGUAAGAGGAGCAAGAGCUCCUCCAAGAGCAACAGCUCCCAGAUACCUAUAGAGGCACAGGAUGACUGUUGUGUUCACUGUAUCCUGGCCUGUCUGUUCUGUGAGUUCCUGACUCUGUGUAACAUCGUGUUGGACUGUGCCACCUGUGGUUCGUGUGCGGGGGAGGACUCGGCGUGUUUCUGUUGCUGCUGUGCCUCCGAGGAGUGUGGCGACUGUGAGUUGCCGUGUGACAUGGACUGUGGGAUCAUCGACGCGUGCUGCGAGUCUGCAGACUGCCUGGAGAUCUGUAUGGAGUGCUGCGGCCUCUGUUUCUCCUCCUGAGCCUUUCAAACUACACAG